UUAAUGGCGGUAUUUGAAAAGAGCGGGUGGAAGCCUAGUUUCCAUUGGCUUCUGGAACCAAAAAUCAAAUGCUAGCUACGGAUGUGAGAUACUAGUAAAUUUUAAGAUCAUACUCGGACAGUAGUAGAUUGCAAAUUACUACUAUCGGAUCAGAUCUCAGUCGCCAGUCGCCAGUCGCCAGCGCCGGCGUAUUUUAAGUUUUCUGUAUUGGAUUUUUUUUUUUGGUUUUUUAAAUUAAGUAGCGGCAGUUCUUUGUAAAUUUGAGGAUAAAGUACUAAAGCCAUGAGUGGAGUUGGAGGUAGAGGUGUGGAGGAAGACAACAUAGAGAGUGAAGAGGAAAUCACCGAGAGCAAAAGCAAGAGGAAGUCGCCGGUGGUGUUAAUGUGGGGGUAUCUUCCCGGAGCUUCGCAGCAGCGCAUGCCGCUGCUUUCUCCAACGCCGAUACAGUUUCCUGACUCCGGAGAUUCCUGGAAGGACGUUUGUGCAGGUGGCUGUGGUUUCGCCCUCGCCAUCUCAGGCUCGGGAAAACUCAUUACUUGGGGAUCAACUGAUGAUCAAGGCCAAAGCUAUCUGACGUCAGGCAAGCAUGGGGAGACUCCGGAGGAGUUUUCACUUCCAACUGAGGCUCCCGUCCUGAAGGCUGCUGCUGGUUGGGCACAUUGUGUUUCAAUUACAGAUAAUUGCGAUGUGUACACCUGGGGUUGGAAGGAGUGUGUUCCAUCUGGGAUGAUCACCCGUAAUUUCUCUGCUGGGGAAAGCGAUGAAGAUGAUGCUUUUGAGAAACAAAUUUCAGUAGCGAGUGAGCAAGUGAGCCCACGAUCUCCAAGCUCAAAAUCAACUUUUAGCUUGGUGUCGCAUUUAGAAAAUAAAAGACCUGGAGAGGAAAGCACAAAGCGAAGGAGAAUUUCACCUGCUAAACAAGAAUUUGAAAGUUCAAUACCCAAUGAUGAACCACUCUCGGCCCCACCUUGUCGUGUAGCUUUGGAUCCAGGGGUGAAGAUUACAGCUGUUGCUGCUGGUGGCCGUCAUACGUUGGCACUAUCAGAUGUGGGACAGGUAUGGGGUUGGGGCUAUGGUGGAGAAGGACAGCUAGGUUUGGGCUCUCGGAUAAAAUUGGUGGCUUCACCUCACCUUAUACCUUGCAUUGAGCCUUAUUUAAAUGGAAAAGACAGUCCUUCAAUGAUGCCUCAAGGAGGUAUAACUUCAGCAGCUCAUGUUCAAAAAGUUUUUGGAAGUUACAUAAGGGACAUUGCUUGUGGAGGCCGGCAUAGUGCAGUAAUUACAGAUGCUGGUGUGCUGCUUACUUUUGGCUGGGGACUAUAUGGGCAGUGUGGACAAGGCAAUACUAAUGAUGUUCUGAGACCAACUGCUGUCGCAUCUCUGUCAGGAACUUGUAUUGAAGCAUUAGCAGCUGGACUGUGGCAUACAGUGUGUGUAUCUGCUGACGGUCGUGUGCAUGUUUUUGGUGGAAACCAAUUUGGACAGUUGGGGCUGGGUACCAUUACUGAUCAGGCUGAGAUUUCUUGUGUCACAGACUCUGCCCAGGCUUUUGGAUGCUCCAAUUCUCGAGCACAAAAGGGCCAAAAUGGUUUCUUGCGGAGCUCGACAUAGUGCCAUACUGACAGAGAACAGUAAGGUGUAUAGCUGGGGCUGGAAUAAGUAUGGUCAGGUAUUAUUGAUCUCAGGGCACAAUUCAAUCUAUUUCUUGCGCGUUGAGUGCAACUCUUCUAACCUUCUUUUUUGCCUUCCUAAUAACCGCAGCUAGGCUUGGGCGACGCCAUCGACAGGAAUUCCCCUUGUGAGGUUCCCAUAGAAGGUUUCCUGCCACAAAAGUUAGCUUGCGGUUGGUGGCACACGCUAUCACUAGCCAAAGCUUUGAGCUAAGAGGCUCCAGCAGGUUAUGAAAGGAGACAAUUUUGUUAGGGCAGUAUGUUCAUCGUUGGACAGUUAAAAUCACCAGUGCUUUUUGCUCUCCUUUGCGUGUUUUUCUAUUGCCUUCCUGAGGCAAACAGAAAUAUCGCUCCUUUGCGCUUUUUUCUAUUGCCUUCCCAAGAUUAACAGAAAUAUUUCUCAAAAUCGUAAUGUUAAAAAUAGAGGCCCCUCUGAAUU